AAUGGCGGAAGCCUUGUCAGACAGUGUAGUGACUGAAAGAGAAAUAGCGAUAAUAGCACAGGAGUAUCUAAUAAAGUGGGGGGAAAUAUCUCCGUUUCUGCAACUAAAAAUCGUAACCGAUGAGAAUAUACGAAGGACGCCCGGCGGUUACCGAGAACAGAAGAAAGCACUUCUGGGAGAGUGGAAGAGGUUGCACAGCAACCGCGCCACCUUCCGGGUCUUGAUCCAAGCAGCAGAGAAUGCCCAGAACAUGAGGUUGGCUGACGACCUGAGGCGUAUGCUGGAGAACCGUCGCGCCAAUUCCUCCGACCGUAUAGCUAAGAAACCAAUCAUUGCGGUGCCUAGCCAUUGACCAAGCCAUACCUCGUACAGAUGUUUCAUCACCUCCUGCACCUCCACUUGUUCCCACACCUACAUCGUCAGGCGAACAUUCUGUGUCAUCUUCUGCAGGUGGAGAGCUGAGACAAAGAAUUGGUAAUAGAGAAAGAGAGGCUUUGGCUGAAACAGAUAAAGAAAUCACCGAGACGAGAGAAAAGAUUGAUCAGUU